AUGCCUUUGACAUUUUGCCCCAACUGCAGCAACGCGCUGACUAUUUCGCGCGCUGACCCUUCGCCCAAGUAUCCUCUUGGGAUCAACCGUUUUGAAUGCCGUACAUGCCCGUAUCAGUAUGCUCUUGAGCAGGCCUGGUUCGAAAAGACACCCAUGAAGCAAAAGGAAGUCGAGGCUGUAUUCGGAGGCAAGGCCGAAUUCGAGAACGCAGAUAGCAUGGCCACACAAUGCCCUGCGGAAGGCUGCAAUGGCGACCGUGCGUACUUCUUUCAACUACAGAUUCGAAGUGCAGACGAACCGAUGACUACAUUCCUGAAGUACGCCUGA